GCGAGAGGGAUCCCGUGCGGAGUUACGGAAACAGGAGCACGAGGCUCCGGCCGCCGGUCAGUCCGCUGAUGGAGGAGGACGAGGAGCGUAGCGGGUCCCGCCAGUGGAGCAGCAACGGGAGCCGCCGCGCGAGACCGCCGUCUUCCACGCGGGUCUCCGUCCUCCAGAGCACGGCCUCGCUGGAGCCGAGCUGCAGUAGCAGCAGCGGAUCUUCAGGCGUCCUCGCCUACCACGUCCGGACGGGGAGCAUCCAGAACGAAUCGUCCUCUUCCCACGAUUCUCGACCCCCAUCGUCGUCUCCGCUUCUGCCCGCCGGCGAACGUUUGCCUGCGCGAGAUGCUGAGAGGGAACGCGGAGCGCCCCGCCACGGUUUGUGCUGGAAAAGACUGCGACAUACGUGUUGGAAAAGGAUGCCCCGUGGGGUCGGCUCCCUGAUAGUUUUCCUGCUAAACUUCAUAGAAUCGUUCGCCUUCUACGGUGCCACAGACAGCACGCUGAGGAUCUUGUUUACAGGAUCCAGUUGGCACGAAACAGCUCUGAUACUGCUGGUCAAGUUCACUGCUGGUCGCGUCAUGUACCCAAUAGCAGGGUUCCUAAGUGACGUGUGUACGGGCAGAUACAGAAUGAUUCAAAUCGGUGUCUGGCUCUUCUGGAUCGCAUUUUCACUCCUUUCACUCUCCCUCGCACUUGCUUCUGUCCAGAUAGGGAGUCAUCACAUGACCACACUCUGUCUUCCGGUCAUUGCGUAUGUACUGAUUUCCGCUGCGUCCGGUGCAAUCGAAGUAGCUAUCAUCCCUUUCGGAGUGGACCAGCUAAGUCAGGGAGCCUCUUCGCACGAGCAGAGCUCAUAUUUCUACUUGUACUACUUUGGUCGACAGCUUGGGAAUCUUGCCGGUAUACUCUCAUUCUACGGGCUGUCCCGCAUUCAAGUCAGAGCACUGAAUGAGUAUGCAGUGGCCAGCAUACAGUCUGUGGUAGCUCUAGCCGGGAUGACCUUGGCUCUUACACUGCUGUGGUGGUUCAAAAACCACCUCUUCAUAGACCGGCAGAGAGAUAACCCGCUCAAAGAAAUAGUCAACGUGGUGUUCUAUGCAGCUACGGUUCCAGACACUCCACCCGUCAACCGGAGGGCGUUCAGGUACGGAGAGGGAAAGAAAAGGAGGAUGGACAGAGCCAAGUACCGCUACGACGGUCUCUACACCAGUGAAGAGGUGGAAGAUGUCAAGACCUUCUGUAAGAUUCUGCUCAUCCUCUUCUCCCUGUGCCUCUGCUUCAUGACCUACACUGGAGUGUAUGUUUUGCUGGAAUACAAACUCUCCAAUGUCUAUCAAGUUAAACUGGACCACUUAGCUCACUUCCCCAACAUAUUUAGCCUGUGGAAUGCACUAGUGAUCUUAAUAGCUCUACCGGUUGUCAAUUUCGUCGUCCUGCCCUUCAUCCCAUCGUGGACAAUGAGAGAGAGGAUAGGGAUUGGAGUGGCCCUUAUUGCUCUGUCUGCCAUCUUAGCUGCCUACCUGGAGUGGUGUGUAUUUCCCUGGUGUCCCAGCAUCACCAGUUUAUGUGGCUGCUACUGCCUAUUGUUACCAGUUUCUCUUGGGGAAAUGCUGCUGUUUGUAACUGGGCUGGAAUUCAUAUAUGCCCAGUCUCCGGAGCAAAUGAAGGGUUUUCUGACUGGACUGUUUUACCUCAUGUUUGGCCUCUUCUCUGGUGCCGCGUCCCUCUUCUUUUUCUACUAUCCCGUCCGGUUCGACCGGUUUCAUAGUCACGCCUGCUAUUUCACCAUCUACAGUGUGGUCGGAAGCAUAGGGUUUUUUAUGUACGUGAUCGUAGCCUGCCUCUAUUCCAACAGAGAUCGACCGGAAGAAGAAGAUUUCAUUCGCUGAACUAAUCUUCUAUAUUUGUACAGAUAUGUCGCUUUUGGCGUGAAAUGUCUUUCAAACUUUAUUCCAUCUGCAGUUUCACAUUGUAUGUGUUUGUCAUUCAAUGAGUUUCUCUUUCGCUGUGUUACAAACAUAGCUAUCAUACAUACCAAACCAGGAUGUCAA